GUUAAAGCACGUUGGAGCUAAACUCUUUAGGACACCGGGCCUCUAGGACCGAGAUUGGACACCCCUGCCUUAGAAGAAGCUUAUUUACGCUUGACGGGCAGCUGUCAGGCUUGAUGAUGGAUGAGUUACAGGAUGUGCAGUUGACCGAGAUCAAACCCCUCUUGACGGACAAGAAUGGACAGAACUUCCAGGACUUUGAUUGUCAGGAGCAUGACAUCGAGACUCCUCGCGGUGUCCUUCAUGUGACUUUGAGAGGGACCCCUAAAGGCAACCGGCCAGUCAUUCUCACCUAUCAUGACAUCGGACUCAACCAUAAGUCCUGUUUUAACACACUCUUUAACUUCGAGGACAUGCAGGAAAUCACCCAGCACUUUGCUGUGGUCCAUGUUGAUGCUCCAGGCCAGCAGGAAUCUGCCCCUCCUUUCCCCACCGGGUUCCUGUACCCCACCAUGGAUGAGCUUGCUGAAAUGCUACCUUCAGUUCUGACUCAUCUGAAAAUCAACAGUGUGAUUGGGAUCGGUGUGGGCGCAGGAGCUUAUAUCCUCACUAGAUUUGCUCUGAAUGAGCCUGCUUUGGUUGAGGGACUGGUUCUCAUAAAUGUGGACCCCUGUGCUAAGGGCUGGAUCGACUGGGCUGCCUCAAAGCUGUCUGGAUGGACCAGCAAUCUCAUAGACAUUGUAAUGGCACACCAUUUCAGCACGGAUGAGCUGACAGAAAACCAGGAGAUUAUCCAAACAUACCGCCUGCACAUCGCUCAGGACAUCAAUCAGGAUAACCUGGCGCUUUUCUGCCAGUCCUACAACAGUCGUCGAGAUCUGGAGAUUGAGAGGCCUGUUCUGGGAAUGAACGAAAAUGCAGUUAAAACGCUGAAGUGUCCUGCCCUGCUGAUUGUUGGAGACACAUCACCAGCGGUAGAGGCUGUGGUUGAAUGCAACUCGAGGCUUAACCCAACCAAGACUACUUUACUCAAGAUGGCAGAUUGUGGUGGACUUCCUCAAGUUGUCCAACCGGGUAAACUUGCUGAGGCUUUCAAGUACUUUGUCCAGGGAAUGGGCUACAUGCCCACUGCCAGCAUGACCCGAUUGGCACGCUCUCGCACUCACUCUGCCUCCAGCAUGGGCUCAGGGGAUGGUUCGCGCAGCCGCACACAGACCAGUUCACAGAUGGAGGGCGCCACUGGCGGCCCCGCCCUCGACAACCAGAACAGAACCAUGGAGGUGUCCUGCUAAAUCUCCCAGAACCAAGCCCCCAUUUUAUUUGGGAUCAUUGGUGUGUGUGUGACCCUUUUUUGUUCCCCCCCACUCUGUCGUCUCGUUCUCUCGUGGCCAGAGAGUGCUGGUCUGAUGAAGGGAUGCAUUGUUUGAUGUCUAGUAAUCCAUGUAUUUAACAUGUUGGAAUAUUUCUCCACUGCAUGGACGCACACUAAUCUUCUGUUGAUGUUUUUAAUCUUGAUUGGCUUUCUACUUUCUUACUCCAUUCUUUUAUAAACACUCCCCGAUACGCUUGUCGUGUAUAUUUUUUGGUGGCGGCUGCUGUAUAUUGAACAUUCAGAGGGUAUUCUCGUGUGUAGCGGGAGAGUUUUUGUUCCCUCUCUUGCUCUAUCUAAGGUCUUCCUGCCCCUUGUGUUUACUAGAGACGACCAAACCACUUCAAUUCCUUCCCGUCAUCGAAUGUUUCUUUCACUGCUUCGUUUUCUGUGCAUUUGAAAUGGUUUCUACUGCUCUUGCUGGAUGGCAGCAGCUGGUUGGAUUUGAUUUGUAAUUGAAUUCAAUCAGUUGUAGUGUUUCCAGAGCAGAGCUACUGAUUAGCAUGUCUCGGUUUAAAGUGUACUAUAAACAUUUGUGUUAGUAUUAAUUGUUUAAACCUUUCUGCAAAUGGUUUACAUGGAGAACUGUAUUGAGGUUUUGACCUGAAGUCAAAACUUAUUAAACCCCUUAUUAGGAAAAUCUUUCUUUUAGGUUUGCACUAAAUAAUUUUCACAACCUAUUAUUGGGAAAUAUCUGCUACACCAAAACAAGCCUUUAGCUGAAGUGAAGUAGUAAUAUUUACCAUCUCUAGAUGUAAGUCAGCACGAUUUUGGCUUGACGUUCUCCAUUAUUUCUGUACAGCGAGCUGAUAUUCAAUUCACCUCAUUAUUUCGUCAACUCUGUUCGUUUUUAUUGUUUUUCUUUUGAUUUCAUUGGAUGGCAAUUCCCUGUUAAUUGCUGAUUGUACCGUUGCCUUGAGUGAGUUUGUGAUGAUGCGUUGUGGUUUGUCCUCCAAGCAUUUAGGGGGCGUUGUACUGCAUACUGUCUGCUGAAUAUAUAUUGAUUUGUACGAAAUAUUGAAAUAAAGUAGUUGUACA